UUUUUCUUCAACUUCAGUAUAAAAUUUUCUUCUAAUUCAAGAUGAGAUUGUUUAUUGUGAUUCUAAUGUUUUCAGCUUCAUUUAUAAUUAUCCGAGCUGAAAAUAUACUUGCAAAUCUACAACCAGAUUCUUCUCAGGAUACUUCACUGGAACAAGCAAUUGUGAAUGUUUUAAUAAAUCCAUCAGUAUUAAUUCCUGAUGAUCGAGGAAUUUUAUCAGGUGUUUUAGAUCCAAUUGUUGUGCCUGAGAAAGAUAUAAUUUUUCAACUUUUUACUAAAACAAAUUCCGAUGAAGCCUAUAUGAUGAAUUUAAAUGAUUCAGAAAAUUUGAAACAAUCGGGAUUUAAUUCUUCAUUAUUAACAAAAAUCAUUAUUCAUGGCUGGACUGAUAGUUCACAGACACCUUGGCUUCGUGAAAUUCGAACAAAUUAUUUAAAUACCGGUGACUAUAAUGUUAUUUUAAUUAAUUGGCUGGCUGGAUCUGUUAAGGAAUAUUCGGCAGCUGCAAAAGUUACACGUCAAGUUGGCGGUUACUUGGCAGAAUUUUUGGAAUUUCUUCAAAAAGAAGUGGAUUUGGACUUGAAUACAGUUCAUAUUUUGGGACACAGUUUAGGAGCUCAUGUUGCUGGAUUUGCUGGUGCAAAUCUCUCGGGAAAAAUUGGAAGAAUUACAGGAAUGGAUCCUGCUGGACCUGGAUUUGAGAGACCAAGAUUUAAAGAGCCAAAAGAUCGUCUUGACGCUUCUGAUGCUGUUUUUGUUGAUGUUAUACAUACAUGCGGUGGAACUAUUGGAUUUGCUAAAUCCAUAGGACACGCUGAUUUUUUUCCUAAUGGAGGCACUUUCCGACAACCUGGAUGUCCAAUUCUUAUGACUCAAUAUUGCAGUCAUGCAAGAUCUCAUCAGUUUAUGAGUGAAUCCAUUGUUAGUCCAGAAAUAUUUGUAUCCGUUGAAUGUGACAGCUGGAAGGAUUUUAAAUCUGGAACAUGCAAUUCUAAAAAUUCACCUGUAUUUAUGGGGGAGAAAUUGAGUUACGAUACACGUGGAACUUAUUUUUUGGAAACCAAUUCUGAAUCUCCAUUCGGAAAAGGAAAGGAAUAUAAGGCAACAUAUUCCUUGGAAAAAGGCAGAUGGCCUAGAUUAUUACCCUUUCCGUGCAUUUACUGCCAGAGGUGGAUUGUGUGACCGAAGGAAAUUUGCAAUUCAACGGGAGUAAGAUACCUAGCAUAAGAAAAGCUGAUAAUAAUUUUUAUGGACUCAGGUUUUAUUCCUGGAAGUAAAUGUAUAGGAAACUUAAAUUGUACAAGUUGAAAUAUAA